UCUAGAAUUUCCUUGAGCACUCUAACGCUGAAUGUGAAAAGUGAGAAGGUGUACACACGUCAUGGUGUCCCGAUCUCCGUCACAGGAAUUGCUCAGGUGAAGAUCCAGGGGCAAAAUAAGGAGAUGCUGGCUGCUGCCUGCCAGAUGUUCCUGGGCAAGUCGGAAACGGAAAUCGGGCAGAUCGCCCUGGAGACGCUGGAGGGUCACCAGAGAGCCAUCAUGGCGCACAUGACAGUGGAGGAGAUCUACAAAGACCGGAAGAAGUUUUCGGAGCAGGUGUUCAAAGUGGCAUCUUCCGACCUGGUCAAUAUGGGCAUCGGGGUGGUCAGUUACACCUUGAAGGACAUCCACGAUGACCAGGGUUACCUGCAUUCGCUGGGGAAAUCCCGUACUGCCCAAGUGCAGCGUGAUGCCCGCAUCGGAGAGGCUGAGGCGAAGCGAGACUCUGGCAUCAAGGAAGCGAAGGCCCAGCAGCAGAAAGUCUCAGCACAGUAUGUGAAUGAGAUCGAGGUGGCCAAAGCUCAACGUGAUUACGAGCUGAAGAAAGCCGUCUACGACACGGAGGUGAACACCAAGAAAGCUACUUCCGACCUGGCCUACCAACUGCAGGUUGCCAAGACCAAGCAGCAGAUCGAGGAGGAGAAGAUGCAGGUCCAGGUGGUGGAACGUGCCCAGCAGAUCCAGGUCCAGGAGCAGGAGAUCCUCCGCAGAGAGAAGGAGCUGGAGGCCAAGGUCAAGAAGCCAGCCGAGGCUGAACGUUACCGGCUGGAGAAACUGGCUGAAGCCGAGAGGCUGAAGCUCAUCAUGGAAGCUGAGGCAGAGGCGGAAUCCAUUCGAGUGAAGGGAGAGGCUGAGGCCUUCGCCAUUCAUGCCAAGGCCAAAGCUGAGGCUGAGCAAAUGGUCAAGAAAGCAGAAGCCUUCAACGAGUACAAGGAUGCUGCCAUGGUCGAUAUGGUACUGGAAAAGCUGCCUGAAGUUGCAGCUGAGAUCAGCCAGCCCUUCUCCAAAGUGAAGAAGAUCACCAUGGUCAGCAGCGGUAAUGGGGAGCUGGGAGCAGCCAAACUCAGUGGCGAGGUGCUCGACAUCAUGACCAAGCUCCCGGACACCAUUGAGAAACUCACCGGAGUCAGCAUUGUCCAGGGAUCCACGAAACCCAGCCGAAUGUCCUAAUAUGGAGGAGCAGGCGAGAGUGGAUGGAAACGGUUUGGGACAAGUGAGGUCUGAGAGGGACAGGGUUCGGGCUUGGGACGGGGAUGGAUGGUGUUCCAAUGUUGCAUGUAUGUUCACCUCUGUGUCAUUGUUUAGUCUGCAUGUCUUUGUCAAUUACCUUCAUUCUCCUGUUCAAUGUUGUUCUGUCAGUAAAUCUCCAUAUAGAAGGAAUCAGGACACAAAUGGGACAGUCAUCCUGUAGGUCUUUGUCACUGUGCUUCAUUUUCAUGAAUCAUGUACCUCUUUCAAAAGGUCCUACCUGUUCUAAAUUGUGCAUUUUAUCGUCUGUGUCAAUCUUGGUGAGCCGCGGUGGUGCCAAAACAUUUCGGCAUUUCGUAACUGGAAUCAGUCUGACAAAAGUCAGGGAGGCAGCCGUUUUCAUGGCUGGAGAAACUGCAAGCUGCCAGCGAUGUCAUAUUUUGGUGAAGGAUGCGAUGGGGAGGGCAUAGACAAAGAAAAAUCAUGUUUUGAUAUUUUUUUUUGUUGUUUAUGAAGUGGCAGUGCCUUAACUUAGAACGUUCGUGUCUCUGACAAGAUCCAAAUUUUAACCAGCUUACACCGUUCAUUUGGAGGAUUAUCAUCCUGUGUCAGGACAUGUUAACACAAUCCUGUGAAGUUCACCUCAGCUCUUUGAAACAAUCACUUGGUGAAAAGAAAAAGAUCAAAACAAUCAAUUACUGUGUUAAAAUAACUCCAAAUAAUGUUUCUUUUGUAAUAUGUUGUGUAUAUAUUAUGCAGAAUCGCCCUGUUGUCUGAUCCUUCAGUGUAGACAUUUAGAAACACUCAGUGUGUUACUGACAGCAUUUAACAUAAUUGUCCAGCUGCCCUGACAAAGUGAAAUAAAACAUCUUGUCUGCCUC